UAAGCUCCUAAAAUGAUGGUUUGCUCUUGUUUUCACUUUCCCAAAGCGGGAACAAAAAUUCAAAAAACCACACAGAAAAAGCUUCAAUAACUUCAAAUCUCGUUCUGCACAGACCGGAGUAGCGCCACCGGAGAUGGACGACGAAACAAUCUCCCGCAUCGUAACAGAAAUCUCCGACCUCCGCGAAACCCACCACACCGAAAAUCCACAACCACUCUCCGAACAAUCCCUCUCUUCUCUCCAAACCCUCCUCAACCAUUCCCAACCUUUAGACCCACUCUACGACGCCGUUUCACCUUCCCACCUAAUUCCCCCAAUCGCCACCGCAAUGGAUUCAUCUCCACCACCUCACUCUCUCCUCGCUUCUCACGUCUUCCUCUCCUUCCUCCUCUCCCCAAACGCCCCCGUUUUCACUCUCUUCACUCCUCUCUCCUUUCUCUCAUUCCUUCGCUCCCUCCGUCGUGCUUUCAAAAACACUAACCCUAACCCUAAUAACAACGCUCAGCAGAUUCGGAAGCGGAGACGGAACUCCAAAAACAAGAAAAAUGUUCAAAAUGACGAUGAUGAACCUAAUUCGCCGAAUUCAGUACAGAAAGUUGAUGUUAGGGUUUUGAUUUCGCUGUUUGAGAAAUUAGUUAGUGUUAUGGGUUUAAUUCAUCUUGAUCGGUUUCCCGAGAGUUUGAAAUCGUUGAUUCAAACGAUUUCUGAGGUUCCGUUGACUGCGAUUGAAUCGUGUAAUGAGGUUCAGUAUGGUAGAUUGGUUGGUUUGUGUUCGAAGAUUUUGAAAGAGGUCUUGAAACCGGAGCAUGGGGAGGUUUCGGAGACGGCUGCUGAGGUUUUAAAGGCCAUUUCGCCUUUUGUUGUAAUGCCGAAGUCUCAGGUUAGGAGUUUUGCUGUUGGUUUUGUGAUUAGUUUGAGUAGGGAUUCGGAUGGUGUGAGGAAAGCGUUGGUUAAUUUUCCGAGAUAUUUGGCGAAUAAGGCGCCGGAUAAAGCUGAUCCGAGGGCGUUGGCGGUGGAUUUUAUAAUGGAGGUUGUUAGGGUUAUGGCAGUGGGGGAUCAGAUUGAGUUUGUGAAGUAUGUUGUGAAGAUGAGUCAAGGGAAAACCAAUUUAAGGCUUUUGGCGGUUGAUCUUAUUUUGAAUCUUGUGACGUUGUUGAAGGAUCCUUUAGGGGUGAAUUCGACGGAUGAGGAAGAAGGGAAUGUGGCGUGGGGGAUUUGGUGUUUGGAGGCAUUGGUGAAGCGUUGUUCGGAUGUUAGUGCUACGAUUCGCGGGCGAGCGAUGUCGACUCUGGCGCAGGUUGUUGGGUUUUUAUCAGGUAGUGAAAAGGCUAGUGUGGUUUUGAAAGAGUUUAUGGGUUUUGGUGAUGGAAAUGUUGCGGGUGUGGGAGGAAAGGGAAUCAAUGAGAUGCUUAGGAGAAGGUGUGUGGAUGAGAAGGCUGUUGUGAGAAAAGCAGCUCUUUUGUUUGUUACUAAUUUGACUGCUCUACUUGGAGGUGCUAUUGAUGAAGUGGUGCUGAAGACAAUGGGAAUGGCCUGUUCCGAUUCACUUCUAAGCAUUCGUAAAGCAGCUGCUGCAGCUCUUUCUGAGGCUUUCAGAACAUUCUCAGCCGAAACGGUAACAACCGAGUGGCUACAUUCAGUUCCUCGUCAAAUAGCUGAUAAUGAAACUAGCAUCCAAGAAGAAUGUGAGAACUUGUUUCAAGAACUUGUUUUGGACCGAAUAUCUAGAACUGCAGCUGCCACCUCUUCAUAUAUCGAACCUGCCUCUAGUAUUAAAAAGAAAGGGAAAGGUUUAGACAACAAAAUGGAUAUGCCUGUCCCCCAAGGAAUUCUGUAUCUCCUUAGAGAGAUUUGCAAUGGGGAGGUGAGUCCUUGGGUGAAAAAAAUUUGCACAAACCUGGGCAAAAAGAAACGGUUGAAUCACAAAAUUGUUACGGCACUUCAGAAUAUAAUUAAGGUGUCCGAGUCCAUCUGGCUGAACCAUAGCAAGCCAAUAGAAAAGUGGACUGCCCCACAAGGCGCUUGGUUUCUUUUAUCAGAGGUGUCAGUAUUUCUUCCAAAAGCAGUGGACUGGGAAUUUCUUCAUCAUCAUUGGCAGCUUCUUGACAAGCAUAAAGUGAAAGGCGAGUUUAGAAGUCCAGUGGUACAAAUAAAUGCAUUUGAGGGCGACGAAAGCAUAGAAUGCAAUAAUGUUGCCUGGGCUAGUGACCGAGUAUUCCUCUUGCAAACAAUCUCUAAUGUUUCUGUCGAGCUGCCAACUGAUCCUGCUGCUGAUUUGGCUCAUAACUUGCUCAAACGGGUUGAAAAAUUCAACAUGCAUGCUACAGAGGUUGAUGCUCAUGUAAAAGCACUUAAAACAUUGUGCAAGCGAAAAGCUUCAGAUGCAGCAACAGAAGAAGCAAUAGUCUUGAAAUGGGUACACCAAGUUCUAUCCAGAGCUUCUCAAAUAAUAGAAACUUUUAUUUCAGAUAAUUCAGAGCAAAAUGCAGAAACUGACUUCUUCACUCCACCUAGAAGUGGGCCAAGUAAAGGUCGGAAGUCAGGAAGAAAGCGCAAGUCAUUGUCAAAAGCAAUUACUGCUAUUUAUACAAUUGGGUCUUUAAUUAUUGUUUGCCCGUCUGCUGAUAUGAGUGCUAUAAUUCCAUUAUUGCACACUAUCAUCACCUCUGGGAAUUCUGACCCAAAAUUAAAUAAGCUACUCGGCCCUGCAACCUCUCUACAACAAGAAUCUCCUUCUUUUUAUAUUCAAGGGUGGCUGACCAUGGGCAAACUUUGUCUUGCUGAUGGAAAGCUUGCAAAGAACUACAUUCCUCUGUUUGUACAGGAGCUUGAAAAGGCCGACUCUGCAGCUCUUCGCAAUAAUAUUGUGGUCACGAUGGCAGACUUUUGUGUUCGGUACACUGCUCUUAUUGAUUGUUACAUAACCAAGAUCACAAGGUGUCUCUUAGAUCCUUGUGAACUUGUGAGAAGGCAAACAUUCAUAUUGCUAUCGAGACUGUUGCAGAGGGAUUACGUGAAGUGGAGAGGUGUUUUAUUUCUUCGUUUCCUUUUGUCACUUGUUGAUGAAUCAGAAAAGAUUAGGCAGUUAGCAGAUUUUCUCUUUGGAAAUAUUUUGAAAGUUAAGGCUCCUCUUUUAGCAUAUAAUAGUUUUGUUGAGGCUGUUUUUGUUUUGAAUGACUGCCGUGCCCAUAAUGGACAUCGUGAGUCCAACGAAUCACGAACGGAAAGCCAACUUUUUUCCAUCAGGGGUGCUGAUGAAAAAUCAAGGUCUAGAAGAAUGCACAUUUAUGUUUCUCUACUAAAGCAAAUGGCUCCCGAGCAUCUUCUAGCAACCUUUGCCAAGUUAUGUGCAGAAAUUUUAGCUGCAGCUUCCGAUGGUAUGCUCAAUAUCGAAGAUGCAACUGGACAGUCUGUUCUACAGGAUACUUUUCAAAUUCUUUGCUGUAAAGAGAUACGCAUUCAAUCUACUCGUGUAUCAUCUGAGUCAGCAGACAUAGAAGAAGAAGGAGGAGAAAAUGGAUCUUCAACUAGAAAAGCUAUAACUCAGGCAGUCAAGAAGGGCCUCAUUCAAAACACUAUACCCAUCUUCAUAGAGUUGAAACGUCUAUUGGAAACCAAGAACAGUCCCCUCAUAGGCUCUCUCAUGGAAUGCCUUCGGAUCCUUCUCAAGGACUACAAGAAUGAGAUUGAUGACAUAUUGGUUGCUGAUAAACAGCUGCAGAAAGAGCUUAUCUAUGACAUGCAGAAAUAUGAAGCUGCAAAAGCUAAAGCAACAGUUGCUGAGGCUGUAGCCUCCAAGCCAAAAUCAGCUGCAAAUCAAUCACCUGACGUUUCUAAGAAUCUGGCAAAGGAACAAGAACAAACACAUGAACAAAAUGAGGACAGUGACAAGCCCCCAAGUGAUUCAAAAAUUGCUUCAGCAAGGGCAGAUGCUGCAGCUGCAGCAACAGCCCGUUCUUUGCUAAAGGAAAUUAACAAGGGGACAUCAACACCACAACUUAGUUCUUUGAACGUUCCCAAAGUCAAGUCUUUCACCGGUGGAUGCGUAUCUAGAGGUGAUAAGCGCUUGGAUGUCUUAAAAUCUGUGCAGAAAAAACAUUCUUUUGAUUCUGAUGAAGAGAACUAAAAAUGUAUUAGGUUUUAGUUUUCCUUCUUCUAGGUGCCUCUAGAGUCCAAAUGACAGCUCUUUUCUGGCGACUAGUAUAAGAGCUCGUUCUUUUGCUCAUUGUUGCUUAACGCUGAUCGGCUGAUGUAAAUAGCUUAGCAACUUGACGAGAGUUUAUUUUCUUAUUAAACUAGUAAUAUAUCCAUGCGUUCACAAGGGUCGUGCGGCAUUGUUGUUCAAAAACAAGCAUGCAUCUUUGAAUUGCUAUGUGUAGAUCAAUAUUAAUUUCACUCAUCCUUUUUUGAAG